GUCGGCAGCAGCACCUUAAAUUUACACACACACACAGUGACACUCUCACUCAGACUGCCGACUCCUUCACUCUAGGUGAAACUCUGUCUAAUCUCAGAAAAAAAAUGCCUUGGUCACAAAACCUGCUUCUUUUAGCUUGUGGAUUAAUUGCACUUCAGAGUUCUUUAGCAGCUCAAGGUGUGUUGCGGAGCUGCAGUUAUGGGGGGUUGUUCCACGUGGAACAGAAUGGGCGCUACAGCCUCACAUACUCCAGCGCAGAGGAACUCUGCAUGUCCAUUGGCACCACUCUGGCCACCAACGAGCAAAUCCAGAGGGCCUUUGACCUCGGCUUUCAGACCUGCAGAUAUGGUUGGAUUCAGAACCACAGUUUAGUGAUCCUGCGACAGGAGCCUUACAUCCUAUGUGCCGCUAACAAAACUGGCAUCAUCAUCAUCAGCGACAUGAUCUCACAGCCCUAUGAUGCCUACUGCUUCAACGCAUCAGAUACAAAGGACAAGAACUGUGAGUUUUCUAUCACGCCAUCCAACACAUUUCAAACAUUCCUGGGCUCCCAUGUGGAUAAUGAAAACACCGCAGAGUUCACCCCAGCAUACCCUCUCCCUGAGGGUGAGCCUGCAGAGUUGCCAUCCACCACAGAGACCACACAAAAGACAACUGCAGCGAUAGUUCCACCAGUGCACGUGGAUGAGGUUGCAAUCUCCCAUACUGGUCAACAUGACGAUUCCACAACUGAAUCUCCAAAUGCUGAACAAGACUCUGAAACUGGCACUGUUUCCACAACCACCUCUGCAGCGAUAGUUCCACCAGUACAUGUGGAUGAGGAUGCAAUCUCCCAUACUGGUCAACAUGACGAUUCCACAACUGAAUCUCCAAAUGCUGAACAAGACUCUGAAACUGGCAUUGUUUCCACAACCACCUCUGCAGCGAUAGUUCCACCAGUACAUGUGGAUGAGGAUGCAAUCUCCCAUACUGGUCAACAUGACGAUUCCACAACUAAAUCUCCAAAUGCUGAACAAGACUCUGAAACUGGCACUGUUUCCACAACCACCUCUGCAGCGAUAGUUCCACCAGUACACGUGGAUAAGGACAAGGUCUCUCAUACUGGUCAACAUGACGAUUCUACAACUAAAUCACCAAAUGCUGAACAAGACUCUGAAACUGGCACUGUUUCCACAACCACCUCUGCAGCGAUAGUUCCACCAGUACACGUGGAUAAGGACAAGGUCUCUCAUACUGGUCAACAUGACGAUUCUACAACUAAAUCUCCAAAUGCUGAACAAGACUCUGAAACUGGCACUGUUUCCACAACCACCUCUGCAGUGAUAGUUCCACCAGUACACGUGGAUAAGGACAAGGUCUCUCAUACUGGUCAACAUGACGAUUCUACAACUAAAUCUCCAAAUGCUGAACAAGACUCUGAAAUUGGCACUGUUUCCACAACCACCUCUGCAGCGAUAGUUCCACCAGUACACGUGGAUAAGGACAAGGUCUCUCAUACUGGUCAACAUGACGAUUCUACAACUAAAUCUACAAAUGCUGAACAAGACUCUGAAACUGGCACUGUUUCCACAACCACCUCUGCAGCGAUAGUUCCACCAGUACAUGUGGAUAAGGACAAGGUCUCUCAUACUGGUCAACAUGACGAUUCUACAACUAAAUCUCCAAAUGCUGAACAAGACUCUGAAACUGGCACUGUUUCCACAACCACCUCUGCAGCGAUAGUUCCACCAGUACACGUGGAUAAGGACAAGGUCUCUUAUACUGGUCAACAUGACGAUUCCACAACUGAAUCUCCAAAUGCUGAACAAGACUCUGAAACUGGCACUGUUUCCACAACCACCUCUGCAGCGAUAGUUCCACCAGUACACGUGGAUGAGGAUGCAAUCUCCCAUACUGGUCAACAUGACGAUUCAACAACUAAAUCUCCAAAUGCUGAACAAGACUCUGAAACUGGCACUUUUUCCACAACCACCUCUGCAGUGGUAGUUCCACCAGUACACGUGGAUGAGGACCAUGUUGAGGGGGCGGAUGAUACAGGGCCUCAAGACAAGCUCAUCACCCAGUCACCACAAAGUUCAACCUCUGAGCCUCCAGCUGGAAAAGACACCUGGCAGGAUAUCAAUAAAGAUCCUGAAACUGGUACUGUUUCCACAACCACCUCUGCAGCAAUAGUUCCACCAGUACAUGUGGAUGAGGAUGCGAUCUCCCAUACUGGUCAACAUGACGAUUCCACAACUGAAUCUCCAAAUGCUGAACAAGACUCUGAAAAUGGCACUGUUUUCACAACCACCUCUGCAGCGAUAGUUCCACCAGUACACGUGGAUAAGGACAAGGUCUCUCAUACUGGUCAACAUGACGAUUCUACAACUAAAUCACCAAAUGCUGAACAAGACUCUGAAACUGGUACUGUUUCCACAACCACCUCUGCAGCGAUAGUUCCACCAGUAUAUGUGGAUGAGGAUGCGAUCUCCCAUACUGGUCAACAUGACGAUUCCACAACUGAAUCUCCAAAUGCUGAACAAGACUCUGAAAAUGGCACUGUUUUCACAACCACCUCUGCAGUGAUAGUUCCACCAGUACAUGUGGAUGAAGAUGCGGUCUCUCAUACUGGUCAACAUGGUGGUUCCACAACUGAAUCUCCAAAUGCUGAACAAGACUCUGAAACUGGCACUGUUUUCACAACCACCUCUGCAGUGAUAGUUCCACCAGUACAUGUGGAUGAAGAUGCGGUCUCUCAUACUGGUCAACAUGGUGGUUCCACAACUGAAUCUCCAAAUGCUGAACAAGACUCUGAAACUGGCACUGUUUCCACAACCACCUCUGCAGCGAUAGUUCCACCAGUACACGUGGAUGAGGAUAAGGCCAUUCCUAUAGAGCCCACUGCUGGAGACACAACUGCAAAUGACGUUCAGGAGGGUGAUGACGCAGGGCCGCGAGUCACUACCCAGUCACAUCACAGCUCAACCUUCCACAUCUCAGCAGGAGAAGAUACAUCACAUCGUAGAAAGAACGAUAAUAUGAUCCGGAGGGGUGGACUUGGAUUAAUGACAUCAGCCCCACCAGCCCAGCAGGCUUCUAGAAUUGUCCCAGAUUGGCUGGUUAUAAUAGCUGUAGUGGCUGCUAUUUUAAUAAUGGUGCUUGUGUGUGCAGUUAUCUCAUCCAGAAAGAGGUGGUGUGGGAAGAAGAAAAGUCUUGUGAUCAGUGGGAAUGCUGGUGAGAAGGGGGGGAAGGAGCAGGAGAUGGUACAGCUGAUGAAUAAGGAGAAGAUCCAGGAGAAUGGUGCAGCCAGCGAGGAGUUCACCGUCAUCACCCUGGAGGAACCAGCUGAGAAAACGCAGCUAGCAUGAGGGCGACUCCUCCACAUCACACAGGAGCACAGAGGGAGGGAGUUCCUCAGGGGCAAGGGUGGGGUGCAGCACAAGAUUUCUGGAGUUAACAGCAAUUCAUUGAAGACAGAGCCAGCUAACUAUUAUUAACUCAACACACAAUGCAGAGGUGUUGAGCACCAAUCACACGUGAGAUCUUUACAAUGAUUUUUGAGGCAUUGCUAUAAGUAUGGAUUACCAAUUGGCAAUUUGGUGAUCAAUGUAAAUGUACCAUUCUAAGAUGAAUCACCUGCAUUAUGAAAAGAGAACUGCACCUUUCUGGAAAAGUCCGAUCUCCACUGUGGACACGAUCCCGUACACUUUUUUUGCAGAAAACCAUAGCAGGUGAAAAGAACAACUCUGUCCAGCCCAACUUCUCUUCACUAGCCCCUUAAUUCUCAAAUUUAAAUUCCUGUAUCUUUAUAAACGGGGGGUUGAGAUCCCUGUAAAUGAAUUCUUGCAUCUCAGUUCAACAUUCUUAUCUUUAUUAAUAAGUGAAAUAUAAAUAAUUAUGUGCCUUUUUUAUCACAGCAAGAUAUUCAAUAUGAGAGGAUGAACAUAUCAGACCAGAGAAGAGCUGUUUUCCUGCUGCCAAAACUAUUGUCGUUUUUUUUAUCUCCUUGUUAUGGGGGAUUUUCUGAAUUUUCAGUUUGUUUCCAUAUAUUGAAAAGAGAUUUCUUUUGUAUUGCUCUAAAAAAAAAAGCGCAUUAUGCUAUUUUUGUAGCUAUUACUAAUAUUUUGGUAGACCAAGUGAGUGUAAUUUAAUGUUAAAUUAUUUGAAAUGCAGCUUUAUUCUCAAAGCUUUGCAGUAUUUGCUUUUAUAUCGCUGUUUGCAAAUGUCUGGAUGGGUAGUAAAGAUAGUGCUUUCUUUCUGAUGACUAUAAGAACAUAAGAAAUUCCAGAACAAGAAAAGGCUAUUCAGACCACCUAUGCUCGCUCGCUGUGGUGCCAGCGUGGUUUGUUAGCACUCAGGAGAGGAAAAACAAAAACCCCUAACCAGGUUAGUAGGGGAAAUGAAACCCCUGGGAAUCUGUGGCUAGAUGGACAGCCCUUCCUCCAGACAGCUAGCUAAAGGUCUUAUUGUGGUCACAGAGAGGGUUAUACAGAAGGAGACACAUGUUCUAUAAGUUCCAGUCAUCUUACCACAUCUUUUAAUAGACUAAUGUCUUCAGCAACACAGAACAAAUACUGUUACUUUCUUGUGUGAUGUGUUUUAUUGUUAAAAAGAGGUAUUAAUAUAAAACAAUACAUGCAUGUGUCGUCAACUUAUAGGCAACGCUCAGCAGGAGAAAAAAAGGUCUUUUAAGGAUUGCUGUGUAUCCAGAUCUCACUCCCCCCUGCAACGAUGCUGGUUUUCUGUUCACUUAUUUCAAUCAGAGCACCAGCUUUGCUGCAGGAGGGAGCAUGGUCUAGAUACACUGAGAUGGUCACAAGAAAAAUUUCUUUCUCCUGGCAAACGUUCCUCAGUGAAAAUGGGAAAAAAGUAAUUCCCGAAUAAAAAUAUCGAGAAUAUGUUGAAAAAAAUGCUGCGAUAUGGACAACACCAAAUACAGCAAAGUUAAAUAAUAUGUUUCUUGUAAACACUGCUGGGGUUUGCGUUACACUUCCAGCCAGAUCAGAAUUUUGUAAGUCGUUAAAUUGUCAUCCUGAGUUGUUCCUCAUUGAUUUAGUAACAUUACCAGUAGUAUUUUACUUUCAGAAAUAUGGUGCAUAUUUGACAGUGGAGGUAAAAGCUUUGAUAAAUGGCUAAUUCAUUAUACAGUACUAUAUCCCAUUGCACAUGUUUUUCUGGGACCCCUUGUUCAUGGUCAAAUCUAAACAAAGGGGGCACUUGCAACAGUGGCACUGGAAUCCAUGGGAGGAUUAUGCAUUUAAUAAUUGUGGACUCAGAGGCAUGAAAUGGGAGAGAAGAGAAGUAGUUACUAUUAUUUUUGUCUUGCACACGUCACAGAAUUACUGGCUACCCCCACAAUCAGUCGGCUACUUGAAGCGAAAAUGUUAUAACAUUAAUAUAACGCUUCAUAUUGUUUUUUAAAAAGAGACAAAAGUGUUUAUUUGUACAGGAGUUUAAAUAAAAUGUUGGGCUUA